AUGAUGGAUCACUCUAAUCUUCCAUUCAAUACCACCACUAAUAGCAAUACUACUACUACUACCACUACUAAUGCAAAGAAAAAACUAGCAGAUACUUUUUCAUCGAGAACAAAAUUAGAAUUUAAAUCAUCAUCUUCGGAAUACAAUGAUGUUGAUCAACAAGAAGAAACAAGCCUAAAUAAUGAAUCAUCAUCAUCCACAUCUAAUCAACAACAUUCAAAUCCUAAAUGGACCUCUCUAUUAGAAUCUAGAGAAUCAUCACUAGCAGAUGAAGAAGAAGAAGCCGAUACAAGACCACUCUAUGAAAGAUUAAUGGAAAAUAAAUUGAAAAAACAACAAGAAUUAGAACAAGUUAUUGGAAAUCAAGCACCAAGAUCACUUGAUGAAGAUGAUAUUCUCUAUUUAAAGGAACAGGAAGAAAAAUUAAAGAAUGAAAGAUUGGAAAUUAUUAAUAAGGAAAAGGAAGAAAUUCAGAAAUAUUUACAAGAAUCUCAUAUUGUAAUUAAAGAUACAAGUAUUAAUAGUGGUAUUGAUAGUAUUGAUAAUAUUGGAGUAGUAUCAGCAGAUGAAUUAGUGGAACAAACUUUGGAAAAAGAAGAUUUAAUUUCUCAAUUAGAAAUUGUGGAAGUAAAAAAGAGAAAACGAAAAGAUGAAAAUGAAAAGAAGAAAAAGAAGAAAAAUAACACAUCAUCAUCAAAUUUACUAACUGCCUCUGCAUUGAAUUAUGAUAGUUCUUAA